AUGGCAACUUACCAACAAACACAUACCAUAAAACGACAGUUCAUGGGACAGAAAGACUGUGCGUAUGGUCUGAGGCCGUACCCGGAUCACAAAACAAAUGCCCUGAAUCCCUGCUUUUUGUCAGCUGUGUCAGUGGGCCAUGCAUCGUUUUUCGCAAUUAUUGGCGUCUUUCAACUAGCUCGCCUCGCGCGCGAAAGGCGUGUACCUCCCAAUUUUAGAUAUGUUUCCUCCUGGAAAUCUAUUUCUACCAGACAUCUUCUCCACUUGUCAAAUAUCGGGUUGCAAUCUGUACUUUUCAUUUGCGCGUUAUCCGUAUGUGGGCCCGAUACUUCCCAAAUCACGAAGUGGGGCUUGGUUUCUCAACUGCUGUACGUGGCUUUAAUUUCGCUACCUUCUCAGGUAAUAGAGUUCUAUAAAUCUACUGCAUCCUUGGCGGGGCAGCUCUUCUACUACCUGACCCAGAUCUUCCUCUUGGGAUACCAACUCGGUCAGAGGAUAAGCCAUUACCCCGAUGAAAGAUUCGUCAUUGUCACCGGGAGCUACGGGGCAUUUCUGGAAGUCGCCCUUCUUGUAAAUGCCAUCUCUAUUUUCCUCUACGACCUCCUCUCUUACAAGCCGUCCCAAGAGCUGUUAAACUACUAUGAAGAGCAUAAAAUGUACCAAGAGUGCAACCUUUUGCAGAACUUGACCUUCACUUGGAUGAACAAACUUAUCGGGCAAGUGUACCGCGAUGGUGAGAUCAAAGACCCUCAUAACAUGCCUUUGCCGCCAAUCAAUCUGAGCAUCAAGGAGAAGGCUGGCGCGCUGGGUGCCAGUUGGGCCAAAGAAAACUGGACCGGGAGAAAUUCCCUUCUAUGGGCCAUCAUGAAUACUUUUGGAAAGACUAUUAUCAUAGCGAUAUCCAUUGAAGUCGUCAAGGACUUCAUGACGAUUCUGCAGCCCCAGCUUUUGAGGCUCUUUAUCGAGGAAUUUAAUCAAGACCGCGAGCGCACACAUCCUCUUAUCAACGCCGUCUUUAUUGCAUUUGCAUUAUUCCUCAUGAAGCUAGUUUCAACCUGCCUAUCAAACCAAUUUUUCAUUAUGAUUUUUGAGGCCGGGAUGGGGAUCAGAGGAGCGCUUAUGACAAUGCUCUAUCAGAAGUCCCUCAAGUUGUCUUCGGAAGCUCGCGAGGGCAAAACUGCUGGUGACAUUAUGAACAUGAUGGCAGUUGACGUCCUCAGAAUUCAGAGGUUUUUUGAGACCUCUCAAGAACUGGUCGGAUCGCCCAUUGCUCUUCUAACAACACUUGUGUCUUUAUACACAUUUCUGGGGUACUCCACUGCAGGCGGUGUUGUUAUAAUGGCGGUUAUGUUUCCAAUCAACAGCUACUUGUCUCGAAAGAUCAAAGUACUCAUCAAAAAGCAAAUGGAAUAUAAAGAUGCAAGAAUAAAGACUGUCACAGAAAUUCUAAAUUCUGUCAAAACUGUCAAGCUGUACGCUUGGGAAGAGCCUAUGCUGAAAAGACUCGACCAUGUUCGUAACGAGCUAGAACUUGAAAGUUUCAAAAAGAUUGCUGUCAUGAAUAACUUAACGCUAUUUGCAUGGAACUGUGUACCUAUUUUGGUUGCUUCAUCCACGUUUUUGAUUUACGCAUUGGUAAUGGAUGUUCCGCUGACGCCACAGAUUGUAUUUCCCUCUUUAUCAUUGUUUGAUAUACUCAAUGACUGCAUUUAUACAAUUCCUCGCACCAUAAUAAACUUCAUUGAAACUGGUGUUUCUAUGGGAAGAUUGAAAGACUUUCUAUUAGCAAAGGAACUUGACAAAUCUUUCAUUGAGUUCGAGAGUCUACCCGACGAUCCAAACGUCCCCGUCAUCGAAGUGCAUAAUGCAACCUUCUUGCGCAAUUUGCCUACUAAAGCAACAAGCGAAGAAAACUACGAUGAAGAAGCGAUGAUCGAGAGCUCGCGUGUGGCCUUGAAAAACAUCGAUGGAUUUCAGGCUUUAAAGGGGCAACUGGUCUGCGUUGUUGGUCGCGUCGGUGCAGGAAAAUCAACGUUUUUGCAUGCGCUGUUAGGCCAGCUACCAUGCAUAAGUAGUUCACAUGAUCAAGCGACACCUAAGAUGCAUUUCAGGUGCGACUCAGUUGCACUAUGUUCCCAACAGGCCUGGAUACUUAACGCCAGUGUGAAAUACAACGUUUUAUUUGGGCACAAAUAUGAUGAAGCCAGCUACAAAGCCACCAUAGAAGCGUGCCAACUCCUUCCUGACCUAGGAAUUCUCGCCGAUGGCGAUGAGACCCUUGUUGGAGAAAAAGGUAUCUCUCUAUCUGGGGGCCAAAAAGCACGGAUUUCUCUCGCAAGAGCGGUUUACUCUAGGUCAGAUGUUUACCUUUUGGAUGACAUCCUAAGUGCUGUUGAUGCUGAGGUUUGCAAACGCAUUAUUGACCAUGUUUUGAGCAGAAAGACAGGAUUGUUGAAAAACAAAACGGUGAUUCUAACGACGAACUCUAUAUCCGUCCUGAAGCACUCUCAAAGCAUAUAUGCUUUAGAAAACGGAGAAAUUGUUGAGAGAGGUUCAUUUGAUGAAAUUAUGAGCAAAGACGCCGAGUCAAAGCUCAAGACCUUGAUUGCAGAGUUUGGCUCUGAUAGCUCGGCUGUAAAGGAUGAUGAACCUAUUCCAGAGCAGAAGCCCCCUGUUGAUCUACAAGAAGUCGAAGAUGAUGCUUUGGAAGAAGAGAUUAAUCCAGAGGUGCCAUUCGAACUUGACAAUGCAUUCUCGUCCGAUUUUAGAUCAAGAAAGGCAUCGAUGGCUACUUUGAGGGCUCGCAAAAUAAUUGAUCUUAAUGCUGACACCAGGAAGACCGCGCAAAAAGCAGAAAAGAAGGAGAAAGGUAGGGUCAAGACUAAGGUAUACGUCGCUUAUCUGAAGGCUUGCGGGAUUUUGGGAGCCGUUUUGUUCCUCGUUUUCAUAGGGUUUUCAAGAGUCCUCUUGGUCGGCGAGAAUUUCUGGUUGAAGCACUGGUCCGAGAAGAAUGAGAAGAACGGGGAAAAUAGAAAUGCCGUGUUUUUUGUGGGGAUUUAUGUUUUGAUCUCCUUGGGAGCCGCCUUUUUCAAUAGCGCUAGAAGUAUUGUCUUACUGUUGGUGUGCUCUAUCAGAGCGUCCAGGAAGCUACACGAUAGUAUGGCAGUCGCAGUGCUGAGAAGCCCUAUGAGCUUUUUUGAAACCACACCCGUUGGCCGUAUAAUUAACAGGUUCUCGAGUGACAUGAAUUCUGUUGACGACAACGUACAGUACGUUAUCAGCUUCUUUUUGAUCUCUAUUUUGGAUUAUGUCGUGGUUGUUGUUAUUAUUGGCUACCAGGUGCCUCUCUUUUUGCUUGUGAAUGCAGCUCUACUUGGAAUCUAUCUUUAUUACCAAGUCUUUUAUGUGACUUUAAGCAGGGAGCUCAAGCGGCUAAUGAGCACGAGUUUUUCGCCAAUCAUGUCGAUGCUAAGCGAGACGCUCGCUGGACACAUGGUCAUCAACGCGUUCAACCAUUUCUCACGUUUUGACUACCUCAAUAUUGAAGCAGUGCAGUUCAACAUAAACUGUGUUUUCAACUUCCGCUCAACCAAUAGAUGGCUGUCGAUUAGAUUGGAGUCGAUUGGCGCACUUAUGAUUUUGACAACGGCGCUUUUGUCCCUUGCGACAACCACCGGAGAUAAAGCACUAUCCACAGGUAUGGUGGGUUUGCUUAUGAGUUACGCUCUCCAGGUCACCAACAAGCUGAUGUGGAUCGUGAGGAUGUCGGUUCAGCUAGAAACAAAUGUUGUUUCGGUGGAGCGGAUAGUUGAGUACUGCGACCUCCCCCCAGAGGCGCCCCCGGUCAUCGAGGACUGCCGGCCAGAGAAGAACUGGCCUGCACAGGGACACGUUGUCUUCAAGGACUACUCUGCGCGUUAUAGAGAGAAUUUGGACCCGGUGCUGAAGAAACUGAACGUUGAGAUUAACCCGCAGGAGAAGAUCGGUAUUGUGGGACGGACGGGCGCGGGCAAGUCCACUCUUUCGCUCGCGCUGUUCAGAAUACUUGAGCCAUGUGGCGGCACCAUUGUUAUUGAUGGGGUUGAUAUCACUAAGAUCGGGCUUGCUGAUCUGAGGUCGCAUCUGUCGAUCAUUCCUCAAGACGCACAAGCGUUCGAGGGCUCCGUGAGGUCGAACCUGGACCCCUUUGAGCAGUACUCCGACGACGAGAUUUGGAGAGCGCUGGAACUGUCGCACUUGAAGCCUCAUAUUCUCAAGAUGGCCAACGAAGAAGGUCCCGAAAAGACGAAGAACCUGCUUGAGACCAAGAUCAGCGAGAACGGAAGCAACCUGUCUGUCGGCCAGAGGCAGCUGCUGUGUCUAUCACGAGCGCUUCUCAACCGGUCGAGGAUCCUGGUGCUGGACGAGGCCACGGCCGCGGUGGACUCCGAGACUGACCGGCUCAUCCAGGAGACAAUCAGGGCCGAGUUCAAGGACCGCACCAUCUUGACCAUUGCGCACCGGAUAGACACUGUGAUGGACAGCGACAAGAUCAUGGUGCUGGACCAGGGCGAGGUGAAGGAGUUUGACAGCCCAUCCAACCUGCUGGCUGACAAAAACACGAUCUUCUACAACCUGUGCUCGCAAGGCGGCUAUUUGUAA